UACCACGCAUGCGCAGUUUGUCCCCAGACUGUGCAUUCGGUAGUGAUGGCGUCUCCUGCAGCGCGGUGUGCAGCACGUUGGGUGACAGUCACUGUGUCCUGUAAUGUCCGGACUUGUAGCACUUUUGUCUCCAGGCCUAAUAGAGCUUUGGCGAAAUUUGGUGGCGGGGUGUUUUGGUCAGCGGGCAGCAGAGUUAGAAAUGGAGCGGAAAAAGCGGUGACAUUGACGGGACUGUUAGGUGUAAAUCCUCAUCAUGUCCUUCCGAGGCUGUGUUUCCAUGUUAAUGCCGCCGACAGAAAUAAACAGGACUUUUACCAGAUCCUCGGUGUCCCACGUACAGCAUCGCAGAAAGAAAUCAAGAAAGCCUAUUACCAAAUGGCAAAGAGAUAUCAUCCAGACUCCAACAAAGACGACCCACAGGCCAAAGAGAAAUUUGCACAGCUGGCUGAAGCCUAUGAGGUGCUUGGUGAUGAGAUGAAGAGGAAGCAGUACGAUGCGUAUGGAUCAGCUGGCUUUGAGGCGGGCGGAGCUGGAGCUGGAGCUAGUGCGGGUCAGCAGCAGUACUGGAGCAGCGGCACCAGAGUGGACCCUGAGGAACUCUUCCGCAAGAUAUUUGGGGAAUUUGCUGGAGCUCGAGGCUUCGGGGACUUCAAUGGCAUCUUUGAUCAGCCACAGGAGUACGUGAUGGAGCUGACAUUUGCACAAGCUGCUAAAGGUGUGAAUAAGGAAAUCACAGUGAACAUUGAGGCCACCUGUCAGCGAUGUGAUGGCAAAGGCCAUGAGCCAGGUUCUAAGAUCCAGCACUGUCACCACUGCAACGGCACAGGAAUGGAGACUGUGAACACAGGGCCAUUUGUGAUGCGCUCUACCUGUCGGCGGUGCGGUGGCCGAGGCUCGGUGAUCACGUCCCCCUGCAUAGCGUGUAAAGGAACAGGUCAGAGCAAGCAGAGACGCACCGUCAUGGUUCCUGUUCCUGCCGGUAUUGAAGAUGGGCAGACAGUCAGGAUGCCUGUGGGAAAUAAAGAGAUCUUUAUCACAUUCAAGGUCCAGAAGAGUCCUGUGUUCAGGCGAGAUGGAGCAGAUAUCCACUCAGACGUUCAGGUUUCGGUGGCUCAGGCCAUCCUGGGAGGCACAGCACGAGCACAAGGACUCUAUGAGACAGUCAACCUUUCUAUCCCUGCUGGCGUCCAGCCCGAGCAGAAGAUCAGGCUGUCUGGAAAGGGAAUCCCACGUGUCAGUGGCUAUGGUUAUGGUGAUCAUUACAUCCACAUCAAGAUUAAAGUCCCCAAGGUGCUAACUGACAGACAGCGUGCCCUCAUUAUGAGCUACGCUGAAGAUGAAGUAGAUGUUGAGGGAACAGUAAAUGGAGUCACUACAACCACUACAGGUAAAAGAUCUACAGGAAACUGAGACAGCAGUGAGGGUAAUGAGGACACAGGGCAGCUGUUAUGACCAACUGCUGGACACACAGAAGAGAAGCAAGUGUGAGAUCUCUCGCUUGUCAAGCAGACAGCCCCAACAUGACACACAGGUCUGUCCACCAUUUCCAUAAAGGCCUUAGGGAAGAAGAUGAUUUCUGAUAGGACCUGCUGAUCCACACUGAAGCUGAUCUCACUAGCUUUGCGUGCAGUGUGGUCUAGUCUGUGGAAAGCAUUCUGGGAGCUCAACAAACGCACAGAAAUUUCUGACUUGCAUCAGAAUGAAUGAAUUUUAUGUUGCAGCGUUUUGUCAAAGGUUGUAUGCACUGCUCUUAAAUCGUUACAAAUUACCCCAUGUUCCAUUAACUGUGCUUUAAGUCUGUAUGCUGGUUAGGUGUGAUUUUCUGAAGUUCUGAGAUUUCUCUCUGCACAGAUGAGGCGAGUGCCUGAUCAUCUUCACAGAACAGUGUGUUACAGUAACUGCUGCUCUGCCUCUUAUUAUAUAAGCUGUUAUUUAAAUGUUGAAGAUGUCACUGUUUAAACAGCAUUCAUAAACCUUUAUGAUCGGUUCACAGUACAUUAAAUUGGACAUCACAAGUCAAAUGUGUUGGAUUAAGUGUUUAUUAGUCCAAAAUAUUUGUCACAUAGUGGGAAGGUACAAAGAAGUCAUUCGUGCAGACAGACAGAACUAUAAACAAACAGUUACUAAGCCUAAGAUAAUUGUACUGGUAAUCUGCUCCACUAUAGAUUAGUUCCCAUUUAAAGGUGCAAUAAGCAACAAUGAAUGAAUGAAUGAAUGAAUAAAUCCAUUUGAAUGUGGACUCUCA